AUGUAUCAGGCAGGUGGCGAUGAGCUCAAACCGGACCCGGGCGUGCGGUUCACGACGGAGCCGGCGGACCUGGUGGCGCUGGAGGGGGAGCCGGCGCUGCUGCCGUGCGCCGCCGCCGCCGCGCGCGCCGUGCGCCUCUCCUGGCGGCACAGCGCGCGCGGCGUGCUCACGCGCGACCACACCAUCACCAUCAGCGACCUGUACAGGAGGCAGCUAGCGAACGGGUCGUUAGUGAUCGAAAAGAUGUCCGCUUCCCUGGCGGGGCAGUACCAGUGCGUGGCGGCCGUGGACGGCGUCGGCACCAUCGUGUCCAAGACGGCCACCGUGUUCCUAGCCGAACUGCCAACUAUCGCGCCAGGUCCGCGCUGGGUGUCGGGCCCGGCUGGCGGCGCCUUACUGCUGGCGUGCGCAGUCAGCGCCCCGCCGAGACUCGCUCUAAGGAUCCAGCCGGCUGCUGAACCGCCUGAUAGAAGAGUGUAUGGCGCUGCUAGGCUGCAACAUCAGCCGCCCACGCUUCUUUUGAACGUUACAUGGCUCCGAAACGGUGCUCCAGUAGUGCUUGAAGCAGGUCGCGUGGCCGUGUCAGGCAGCGGGGCGUUAGAGUUGGAUCCAUUACGACCGCGCGACGCGGCCACCUACCGUUGUCGCGUUAGCCUCGCGCGCCGUCCGCACCACUACGUCACGGGGCCGGAGCUGGAGGUGCGCGUGGAGGCGGAGGCGGGCAGCGAGCAGCCGCCGCGCUUCGUGGCCACGCCGCGCGAGCUCACCGUGCUCGAGGGUUCGUCAGUAACAUUCGACUGCGCGGCGGUAGGCAGCCCCAAGCCCGAGAUGACGUGGCUCAACAACGGAGUGGAAAUUGAUCUCAGCGACCUGGAUUCCCGCUUCUACCGCUGGGGCUGCGGCUCACUGCGCGUGCAGUCGGCGCGCGCGCUCGACGCCGGCGCCUACACCUGCCGCGCGCACUCGCGCCUCGACUCCGCCGACCACACCGCGCUGCUGCACGUGCAGGUGACGUCACGCGGCCCCUAGCCUACACGCCCCUAGCCUACACCUGCCGCGCGCACUCGCGCCUCGACUCCGCCGACCACACCGCGCUGCUGCACGUGCAGGUGACGUCACGCGGCCCCUAGCCUACACGCCC